AUGGAAGUAUUUGAGUUGUGGGACGUUCCUUUGAAAUCGGUUUGCAGUAAGGUGAAUUUGGCGGAAAUAUCCAGCGGCAGUCUGAGGGAGAAAUUUCCAAGGCUGUUUUCGGACGAGCUUGGAUGCUGUGCAAAGGCGAAAGUUCAGCUUAAGCUGAAGAAAGGAGCGACUCCUGUGUUUCGGCCGAAGCGUCCAGUGGCGUAUGCUAUGUUGCAGCAAGUCGAAAGUGAGCUGGAUAGACUGGAGAAUUUAGGCAUCAUCACAAGGGUGGAUUUUUCGGAGUGGUCAGCGCCAAUCGUAGUGGUACGGAAAGCAAAUGGUACCAUAAGGAUCUGUGGCGAUUAUUCGACGGGCUUGAAUAAUAUGCUGAUGCCGCAUCAGUAUCCGCUGCCACUGCCAGAGGAGAUAUUCGCCAGCCUUAACUUCCACCAGGAGUAA